AUGAGCCAACUUGUACAGGCUUAUGAGCAGCUCCUCCUCGACAACGUCAGCACCGUCAACACGGUCGAGAGCGCCAUCCGCAAUGUCACCUGGUUCCUCCCUGGCCGCUUUGCCGACGCCGACAUUGCCUCAGAGGGCCUAUACGCCCUACUCUCGGUGGUGAGCAGCGUGCACGACCGGCUGCUAGAGAAGCGCAUUCCGGCUGCUCUCUCGCUCCCGCCCCACCCGUUCGCUUCCGAGGCCGCCGGCGGGCCCAGUACCGUCCGCCAGCCUGGCUUUCCCCCCGUCCCCCGCCUCUCGCCUAUCCUCCCUGCACCCAGUGAACACGCACGAUACACCCGUUACUGGAGCGAGCGGAGUGGGACCUACCGCCGCGCGAGCCGUGCCCUCACGACGAUCACGUACAUUGAGCUGCUAAGUGAGAUGGUCGCUAAGCGGCGCCUAGGCGACCGCGUCCGCUGGAAGGUCGUCAUGUCCAUCGAGAGCAUCAAAACCAUCCUCCGCCUUCUCAUAAUUGCCAUCACGAGGCGGCCCGUGCUCGACCCGCCGACACCGAAGCGCGAGUUCGACUUUGCCUCCGUCCCGCAGGACAAGCUCCUUCCCCGCUCCUCUUCAGGCGAGAAGAAGAAGGGUGACAAUGAGCGCCAUGAGGUUCUUGGUGCUGUGGCAACGCGCGCACCCCUCAGGAACCACCUCUACCCUCUCAUCGGCGCGCUGCCCGAGCAGUACCUGGAGCACCCGCUCAUGCUAGUGCCCGAGCUCGGCACGGGGAGCGAGAUGGCCAGCGAGCUCCUCAGCGCGACGGCCAUCCUCGUCCAAGUCCUCCUCCUUGUCCGUGCAUCGCGCGCCCCCAACCGCGCACGGUACCACCCCGCGUCCCUACCGACACUGUCGCGCAACCUGUGGCCCUUCGCCAUCCCGAUCGCGAUGCAAAUUCUCGCCCGUCGCCUUCGCGUUCCUGCCAGCGACUCGAUCCUCCUCGCCGAGCACUAUGCGCACGCUGACCGUCGCAUUGCCUCCCACUUCUUCCUCCAGGGCCCAAUGUGGAUCGGCUGGACACGUCCCAAGGUUGUGGGCUUCAUCAACUUCCUUGGUCGCAUUCCUCUCAUCUCUCUCGCAGGCGACCUCAUCGGCGGAUACCUCCCGCUCGUCGACGACUACUUCUACAUGGUUACGUGA